UAUCCAAUGCCCAGUCCAGUGGCUUAAGGAACCACCCUCUGGAACAUAGCUGAGCAUCAGGAAAGGGGCCAAAAACAGAGGCUCUGGGCAGGUUAGAAUGUGCAGGAAUGGAGUCAGAAAUGUUUCUGAUGUUUGUUUUAUCUGAACUUGCUUGGAUGCCUCCAGUGAUGGGUGUCUCACUAUCUACCAAGUCAGCCCAAUGAUUUCAAGACAGCCCUGUAGGAACCGCUUCCUCCCACCGGGCCUCACCUCUCUGCCUCCCUGUAAUGCGCACGCGGUGGCCUAGAUCAGUCAUCUGGAGACGCUCACAGGCCUUGCUCACUGUCCCGGGAACGCUGCAGGGAACCUCGCUUGUCCUCCCGUCCUUGCACAUUUGCUGUGGGACGGUCCUGGCAUCUGUAGCUCCUCAGGCCUGGGCCCCCCGAACCCUCUGCUCUUGGCUACAACCACCUUCCCUCGGAAAUUGCAUCUGCAGGGUUCUCAGAAAUGAACAGAAAGUUGGAGAGAGCCAUUCGGCGGAGCACUGGUCCUGACGACGAAGCCUUACGUUUGGGGCAGAAGCGCAAAUUGCUGCAAGUCAGAGAGAAAGGAGACUCAGCUCUGCAGAGAAGACCAGACGCCAACCUGUGGAGAAGCUUCCAGCUCCAGUGCUGGGCAGAGGAUCUGAAGACGGCGUGGCGGGAGGCUCAGCGCCGGCAGGCGCGGCUGUCAGCUGGAGGAGGGCGGCGCACAAAGGACAGCGAGCCUGACCAGGACGAGACCCUGCAGCAAGGAGCCACCAGGUCACCGAGGGCCAGGGAGAGGUACAAAGCAGCCCUCAGAGAGGAGAAGAGCCAUGAGGGAGAGCAUGCCUGGCACCCCAGGUCUUGGAAGAUGAUGGCGGCCAUGGAGAGGCAGGCGGCCAUGAAAGCCAUGGGCCAGAUGUAUGCUCCCCUGAGCCCCCUCGACAAGAGCAAAGGAAAGCGAGGGCCUUCCACCAAGAUGGGGGGUGGCCGCCAUGCUGUGGACCCUCGGCGGGGCAGAAGAUUGGACCUGGAAAAGCUGAAUCCACUUCUGGCCCCUACAGGGGAAGUCAGGCGUGUGGAGAAGAAAGAAAGAGAAACCACCCAGGAGGGGAGGAGACGGCUGGCAAAGGGGACAGCUUACUGGGCAAACAGCCCUUGGGUUCAGAGUCCAGAGGGCAGACGGAGGGACAGAGAACAGCUGUUGCCGGUUGGUUCCACCCGCAGAAGGGAUCCCCAGGGAUCUCAGUGCACAUGCGGUGACAAGAGCAAGUGGCAGAAAGAGCUGGAGCUUGCCUUUGAAGAGUUGUUCAAUACAAACAGAAAGCUGAAGAAACAGCUGAGCUUGCACCUCGACCCGAGGCCUGGGGAGGUCCAGGACCCCGAUGAAGAACAGGCCACCGCAGAGCCGAAGGGACGCAGCAGUGAGGCCCCCAGAGAGAAGAGAACAGCAGCUGCGGAGACGACGCCCCCUGGGGAGUCCGGAGGCCCAGCGGCAGAGGAGGGCCACCCGACGGCGUCCAAAACCGAUUUGAAAAUGUUCCCGGACAAGAAGAUGAAGAGCCGAAAAUAUCACCAGACAACCAAGACCCUGUUAAGGGAUGAAAGUCAAACGCCAUCUCCCAAGGCAGUAGCGUUUGUCAAUGACCAGGACUCACCCUCAGGCUGUGCCGAGUCCGGUCAGGCGGUCCCCAGAGAGGCCACAACGGUGGAGGAUGUCCUUCAGCCUCACCUGCAAGACCUGGAGGCUGGAGCUGGCUCGCCAGUGUUAGUGUCGAAGCACAAACAGGAGGCAGAGAUGGAGCAGAGAAGACCAAAGCAGGUGGAGCUGCCUGAGGACCUGGACCGCCAGAACCUGAGCUUGGAAAUUCACUACAAGGCCGAGCUGGAGAACGAGCGUCGGGAGCGCAGGCGGGUCCGCCUGGCCCUCCUCAAGUCCUCCUACCCCACGGCAGGCCAGGACAUGGCUUCCUCGAUGGGCUCCAGCAUCACCGAGGAGGAACAGCAGAAUCAUAUGAUCCAUGACUAUCAGCGGCAGAUUUUAGAGCAAAACAUGUUGCACAAGCAGUUUCUUGAAGAAGCCAGGAAACGCUUGCGAGAGUUUCAGGACACAUGCUGAGAGGGAGAGGCCGCUGCCAUAAAUACAUCGCGAUAGCUCCUGUGUUGGACCUGGUGCCCAGUUUCUGACCUCUGUGUUUGCGUCCUCUCCCCUGAAACUGGUAGGCCUCCAUGAACCAGGAGACCUGUCCUCACACCGUCCUCCAGGACAAGUUCCCUUGCAGGCACCAGUUCCCUAGUCUGCCUUAUAAGCUCAGUCCCAUUUGGGAAGCUCCUUUGUGCAAACACAGGAACCCGGGUGGGGUCUGCUGAGUAGGGCUGGCCCGAGGGCCACAGAUGCGUCCAUGGAGUUUGUGUGUACACAGGUCCAGAGAGAAGCUCGGGGAACAUUAAGCACUUCAGAAGUUUUAGAAAAAUAAACAUUGGACUUUCAGGGGCAUGCAAGGUCAGACAGGCACAGUUUCAAAAGAUAUAUCACUUACUGCUUAGCCACUGGCUGGGAUAUUAACAGAGAGAUUGAACUAAAGCUAAAACCUCUCUUGAUUUUUCUUUUUUUUUUUUUUUUUUUUGAGACAGAGUCUUUUUUGUGUGUGUGAUUUUUGGCCAGGGUUGGGUUUGAACCCGCCACCUCCAGCAUAUGGGACUGGCGCCCUACUCCUUGAGCCACAGGCGCCACCCCACCUCUCUUGAUUUUUCUAAGUGACAAACCCAAAAUUGUUUAAUGGUACAUCAAUUAACACAUUCUUAUAACUUUGGGAGAGAGAAGACAGAAAAGAGAAGAAAGGCACCCUACCCUGUGCUGGCGACUCCUCUAGGGCUGGCAGGGGUCCCGGGUAUCUGGUCAGUUUCCUACCCCUUACUUGGCUUUGCCACUGACCCAGCACCGUGGCAGCUGUGGAGACCCCACAUGGGUAGAAUUUUUUCCCUGUAAGUUGCAGGCUUAGGGAAGGAGACAGGGCAGGCAAAGAACCUUUUCUGCAAAGAACCAGAAAGUAAAAAAGUCAAUGUUUUCACCUUUGUCAGCCACAUAGUCUCUGUCGCACCUGUCAGCUCCACUGUUCUGGCUGGAAAGCAGCCGUAAAUACACAUAAAUGAAGGGCCAUGGCCAAGUUCCAGCAGGACUUCAUUUACAAAAAUAGGUAGCUGGGCUGUAUUUGGCCCUUGGGCCUUGUUUGUCCACCCUUGACCUAGGACAGUUUUAAGCCUCCCUCCCUCCCUUGCAGGGACCUCAGAUAUAUUGGUUUGGACCAACUCUCUUUGGCCAGCACAUGUUGGAAUCACUGGCCCGUGAAUAGCUUUCCUAAAACAUAUUUUGUAGACAAUGUAAUGGACCCUGUGAGCCUACCACCCAAGCCCAGGGCCCCCAGAGUAUUUCUGGGAAGUUUCUUCCACCUGCACACAGCCCCCUCCCCAGGUACGUUCCUGCCAGGCUGGGGGCUACCCCCCUGUGUGAUAUAUGUGUGCUGCUAAGCAUUAUAGCGUGUAAACUUUAUAAAAAGGAUAUCACGUGUGAGCUUCUGGAAACGGUUUCUUGGUGUCAGCAUAGUUACUGGCAUUCAUCCAUAUCAUACAAAGGGAUCAUUACUCCUUUUCACUCUCUCACAUGGCGUUCCGAGCCCUCUUUCCAGGAGCGUCGCCUUUUCGGUGCCUGUUCUUCAAAAGAGGACUGUGUCCCUGCUGCACAUGCUCCACCCGGCUGGGACGGAGAUGUGGGAGAGAGCCUGCCCAUUACUUCGUCCUUAUUUUCACAUAUCCCUCCCACCCUGAAAAGGUCAACCUGCUGUCAUUUUUCAUUUAUAAAAACCGAGUAUCAGACACCAUCCCAGCCACUAGCUACCAGUGGUGAACCAACAAUACGCAAAAGAACCAUCAGACUCACAUUCUGGUGGAGC